AGAUGUUGAAGUUUUUAUCAAUAUUUUUAAUUUUCGUGUUUAUUAUUUAAUUUUCCCUCCUUUUUUUUAAUUUCAAUGUCCAAAAGUUACAAUGGCAAAUUCACAAAUUCUAUUAAAGUGGAUGAUAAGAAAUCCGAACUAUUCAAGACACAAGGAGACACCUACGAGUCCGAUGACAAUAAUUCCUCGUCGGAAACAGAUUUUCGCGGUUUCGAGAAGGUGCCACUAGUUCUAUGUCAGCGAUUAGAUAUUACUCCGUAUUUGAAUAAACUAGGCUAUCCAUUGGCGCCCGAUAUAAAGGCAAAAAUGGUUACCAAUAAUAACACUAACAAUACGAAAACAAACAAAUUGCUUCUAACUUGUUCUGUUAUACUGGUGCGAGAAGAUCUGGAAAAGCUUAAGCAGAUGGUAAAAAACAAUACACUACGUGAUUAUAACAGUUUGAAGUGUAAAAUUUGUGAUAAAACCUAUUCAAACAUAAAGAAAUUGCAGAACCAUAAGGAAAAUAAACACAUGAUUAUAUAUAAAUCUCAUAAUAAGAUACCCAAACGUGUUUCAUUCUCUGAUCAAAUUAUCAUUCAUGAAGUUAAAGAAUACCACAGAUGUAGGAAGUGUCCGAGGAUAUUCGAAGACUACAAUACCCUGCGUCUCCACAUGAAACAAAAGCAUAAAAAGCGUAGGUGCUACGUUUGUCACUAUUGUUCUAAAGAUUUCAUCGAUCGGACAUUUUUCAAAGUGCAUAUAAAAUUACACUGUGAUUCGUGCGGACUGCUAUUGGCUAAUAAGAGGAAAUAUUUAGAACAUAGACGUUACGUUUGUAGGAUAAUUAAGAAGUACGAAUGUAAAACUUGUAAUAUACCAUUUUUUAAUUACAUGGAUUUGAAAGAUCAUAGUUACGAUCACUUGGGUACGUUUUUCAUAUGCGAUAUAUGCAAGGAUCAAUUUCAAACAAAAUGUGAAGUCUCUCACCAUAUUAAGUUCCUUCACACGGAAAAUUGUUCCAAUGAAUUGUAUUUGAAACAUGCAGAUGGAUCAUAUAAAUGUAAUUUCUGCAAAGAGAAGUCAGAACAACAGCAUUGUAUACAAGAACACGUCUCCACAUUACCAGAUCUCCAGAAUAGUGUAACGACGGGCUAUAAAGAUUAUUAUUUUUGCGGUGAGUGCUUGAAGAAGUUCACGACCGAAAAGGAUAUGAUGCAGCACAAGUGGACCCAUUUUCUAAAAACAUCAGAUAAUUCGCAAUUGCGAAACGAAGAAACUAAAAUAAAUAAUAAUAUACUUAAAACGACUUAUAAGUUAAAUGAACAGUUGCCAGGUUGUUUGCAACCUAAAGUAGUAUUGGAAAAAAUAAAACUUCCCAACGAAUCUCAAGAAAAUAAGGAACAAAAAAGAGCAGUAGUCCCCAAUAUUGAUCAUUUUAAUUUUAAGGGGAUAUUAAAGAAAGCCGUGGUUGAUCCGAUAACAAAGAAAACUAUUAUAUCUAAACACAGAUGUGAGAAAUGCGGGAAAUAUCUUUCAUCGAAUUACUGUUUGAACCGUCACUUGAAAGUAGUUCACGGUGUCGUUAAGGAAUCCAACUGUGCUAAGAACUUACAAUGUUCCUAUUGUGAAGAAGUAUUUGUUUGGCCCUCGCUGCUGCAGACUCACAAUUGUAUAAGAAUGGCGCUACCAGAAAUGCCGUUUGACGAUGCAAGACCAGAAAUACAUUUUGACAAUCUCAGUUUAACGAACCAAGACAAUUUUGAUACUUAUAGUAUAUCGGACGAUGAAGAUUAUAUGAAUGCGGUUGAUUUUGAAAUACCAGCUCCUAUAGUGCAACUAACAGAGUUUGAGCAUUUGGAUAUUGUUGUGAACGGUGGUAAUGGUCGUUUGAAUGUAAUCAACAAUAAAAUGUAUCCAAUAAAUGAUUUAGGAUUUAAGGUAGUUGUGCAAGAGGUACCUAUAGAAUUUUAAUUUGGUUGAACCAUAUUGGAUAAGACUUUUUUUUUUUAAGAUUCUUACUUGUUGUAUAUAUUUUCUCAAACAAACAUUAUGUUGUAGGUAUGUGAGUUAAAUUUUUCAUUGCAAUCAAAUCAGUUAUGGUGUUAAACUAUAAACAUUGUUUAGUUGGUUGUUUGGUGAUUGGUUAAACGUUGCCGUCUUCUUCUUACAAAGGUCAAAUUGCUGAAGAUAGAGAGAGAGGAUCAAGUGUUCCUAUAAUAGGCUAUUUGACUUGUUUAUAAAAUCCAUUUUAUAUUAUUUAGUAGAGGUCAAGGAACCCAGUAAAAGU